GAGUGAGGAUAAGAACAUGCUGAGGUAAAUCAGGAGUCCUGAUUCAACACGCUGAUCUGGACUUCAGCCAGCAGCACUCACUGCCUGAUCUUACUCAAUCCUCCCCAGGUCCGGCCGCAGAGACCUGCUGCCUGUGUGUUCUGUUAUCUCCAAAACAAACACGAAGCAGGAAGUAGGAGAUGGAGACCGGGGAAGCAAACGUUCAGUACAACCGCUGGAACGACGACAACAUCAACCUUAACGUAGAAGCUUCUCGCACCAGUCUGAAUGGGAUGUAUAAUAAGCUGUGUACGGGGCAGCUGGGCAUCGCUGUGAGAGUGGCCGGCUCGCUGGCGGUAAUGGCCGCCAUGUACAUCCUGGGAUACAUCACUGGAUACUAUGUCCACAAGUGCUGAUAUCACUCUUAUAAAGGACUUCUGUUGAUGGACUGUGCCAAGUUAACACGAUAAACUGCUGAAUGAAAUGUGAACUGCUGCUUUUGUUUUUUAAAUAGAUAUAUAUAUAUAAAUACAUGUACAGUACCAGUAAAAAUGUUUGGACACAC